UUGCCCAUGAGCCUCUAGGGUUUCAAUUCCUUUGAGACAAGAAUCCACAGCGCCUUGGAGCGGCCGUGGGCGCCGCGAUAGAUCCGCUCUCGCAACUCGAGGUAGUGAAAUCUCUCUCAGAAUGCCAAAGGAUAAAAGUAGCAGCACUUUCUCAAAUAAGUCUCAUGAUUUGUUUUACAAGCCUUACUCGACAACGCGGGGGGCAUCGCCCAAGCAGGAGGACACCGCCGAGUGGGAGGACGUGACUUGCCCGAUAUGCAUGGAGUCACCCCACAACGCAGUGCUCCUCCUGUGCUCCUCCUCGGACAAAGGCUGCCGCCCCUAUAUGUGCGAUACCAGCUAUCGCCACGCAAACUGUCUAGACCAGUACAUCAAAGCUCACGCGAAAGCUCAGUCACCCAGCAACGCCAGCGUCAACACCUUCAUCACCAGCGGCGGCGGCGGCGCAUCUCUGAACUCACCGGCUGCUCGCUCCGCCGCCACCUCCGCCGCUAGAGGACCGACAGACAUAUCCGGACAUAUCGAGCUAUACAAGGCUUGCAAAGGCUUGGAGCUCGUGUGCCCGCUGUGCCGGGGCAAAGUUAGCGGCUGGAAGGUGGUGGAGAGAGCCCGGCAGAAGCUCAACGUGAAGCGGCGGGGCUGCGCUCACGACUCGUGCGCGUACGUCGGGGCUUACGACCAGCUGCGCAAGCACGCCAGAUAUGUGCAUCCUUACGCUCGCCCCUCGGAGGUUGAUCCGGCUCGCCAGAGGGACUGGUGGCGGCUCGAGAGCCAGAGGGACUUGGGCGACGUUUUCAGCACCAUCCAGUCGGCGAUGCCGGGGGCGACCAUCGUCGGGGACUACGUGAUCGAGGAUGGCGACGAGGAGGACGAGGAGCGGGACGAGGAGCACGAGCACGAGUUCGAUCUGGAGCACGAGCACGAGGACGACGACGACGACGACGACGACGACCAGUUCCACGACAACAACGCUGGCGUUGGCGGUGGUGGCAGUGGUGGCGGUGGUGGUGGUGGCGGCGGCGGCAGCGGUGCUAGCGGCUCGCCCGUCGCCGGUGUGGACCGCAACUUGUGGACGAUGCUGUUUCUCUUCCGAGUCUUUGGGGGAUCGUCGUCUUCGUCCUCUGCCGCUAGCAGCCGAGAUCAUCACACGAGCAGCAGCGGUGGGAGCAGCCACUCUCAUCACCAGCAGCAGCAGCAGCAUCGCGCUCACGGCGGCAGCAGCCGCCAGCAGCAUUACCAGCCCCGUCACCGCCAUCACCUCGGUGUGGCUCCGCCGCCCAGGAGCUACCGAGGAGCCACAUCGCCAUACUUUGCGCCCCGUGGUGGUGGAAGCUCCUCGAGCGGCAGCAGCCGCGCUGCGAUAAUGGAUCGCAAUAGGACGACGACUUCGUCUUCGUCAUCGGCGUCUAGAAAUCGACGCCGGAGCCACCAUCGCUGAGCAAAGACGAGAGCAAAGUUCUUAUUUCUUCCUUUUUUCAAAUCAAAUAGCCCGCCCAAGGGUAUAUUCCACUUC